CCCGUGUGAAUCCCUGCCCGGCAUGGCAGCCCUCUUCUCUGCGGCGGGCAUCUUGGCCAAGUCCGUCUCCUCCAAGGCGCUGGCAGCGGCCAGUCUGGCCAAGGCGGGGGGCUUGGCAGUCUCGGGCCAGGUCCUGACUGGCCUGUCCUCCGUGGGACAAGCCGCGGCCUCCAAAGUUGCCCUGGAGUCAGCCAUAGCCACGCUGGGUCCCUGGCUGGCGUCACUGAAGGCCUCGGCUGCUGUGGUGGGGUCCUCUGCCGCGACCGUGGCGGCUUCGUCCCUUGCAGGACAAGCCGCGUCCUCCAAAGUUGCCCUGGAGUCAGCCAUAGCCACGCUGGGUCCGUGGGUGGCGUCACUGAAGGCCUCGGCUGCUGUGGUGGGGUCCUCUGCCGCGACCGUGGCGACUUCGUCCCUUGCAGGACAAGCCGCGGCCUCCAAAGUUGCCCUGGAGUCAGCCAUAGCCACGCUGGGUCCGUGGGUGGCGUCACUGAAGGCCUCGGCUGCUGUGGUGGGGUCCUCUGCCGCGACCGUGGCGACUUCGUCCCUUGCAGGACAAGCCGCGGCCUCCAAAGUUGCCCUGGAGUCAGCCAUAGCCACGCUGGGUCCGUGGGUGGCGUCACUGAAGGCCUCGGCUGCUGUGGUGGGGUCCUCUGCCGCGACCGUGGCGACUUCGUCCCUUGCAGGACAAGCCGCGGCCUCCAAAGUUGCCCUGGAGUCAGCCAUAGCCAUGCUGGGUCCGUGGGUGGCGUCACUGAAGGCCUCGGCUGCUGUGGUGGGGUCCUCUGCCGCGACCGUGGCGACUUCGUCCCUUGCAGGACAAGCUGCGGCCUCCACAGUUGCCCUGGAGUCAGCCAUAGCCACGCUGGGUCCCUGGCUGGCGUCACUGAAGGCCUCGGCUGCUGUGGUGGGGUCCUCUGCCGCGACCGUGGCGACUUCCUCCCUUGCAGCCAAGUGUGCUGCAGGUGCGGCGGUGGGAGGAGCCCUCGCUGUGGGAUCUGUGCCCGUGGCUGUGAGUAUCCUGGGCUUCAGCAGCCAGGGAAUCGUCGCCUCCUCGGUGGCGGCCAAGAUGAUGUCAGCAGCCGCCAUCGCCAACGGGGGCGGGGUGGCCGCGGGCAGCCUGGUGGCCGUUCUGCAGUCGGUGGGGGCCGUUGGACUGCCCACGUCAUGCAAUCUCAUCUUGGGAGUUAUUGGGUCUGGUCUGGGGGCCGGAGUGUCAUUUUUGUAAGCAGACACCCUUCCUGUCUUCCUGUCUCGGUGACGGGCUCAGGACGAAAGCCGCUUUCACCCUGGAGAUCCACCCUUCUGGUCCUCAGAAGGGCGCUGCCCACAGGGACAACUGCGGUGCCCCCCGCAUUGUUCAAACCUGAGAAAUAAAGGUGAGCUGCCAGUGAC